CAUUUUGUAGGUGGAAAGUUGCGUAAACGUUUCCGGGAAGGAACCCGAUUUACUUUCGGCCAACUUUUUGGCAGUAACAGCCUGUAUUUGGUUUCAGCUUGUGCUUUAAAGCACAAGUGUCGCAUAUUUUUCACUCACUCUUCAGUGCAAGAUUAUUCUAUUUGCACAGAAGCACUUUAUAUUUUUUUGUGAGGUCAUCAUGGAGUUUUGAAUUUUUAUCAUGAAGUCGAAGAAAUCUUGUGUCUCUCCCAAGUCCGGAGCGGCCAGCUGGUCAUCGGUUUUUAUUUUCGUAGCGGAUGUUAGAGGCUACAGGGGAAAUGGAGAAGAAAUACGUCCCUCGCUCAGCGUCUGCAACACCGACCAACAAAGGGUCAAAUGGGGACAGCAAUAAAAAUAAAGAUAGAGGCAACAAUGGUGGCUCUAAGUUUAGUCGAAGAAAAGAAUCACCAGUACCCCGAAGUGAGCCAAGCUCUGCCAGGAGACCUACUCCUCAGAAAACCAAGGCCUUGGAUAAAAGACCACGGAGUAGAAAUGUUUAUGGAGGUAGACGUGAAGAGGUGACAGAGACUCAGAGGGCUGAGUUUGGCUCGGCUCUUUCUUAUGGACCUAAGAAAAUGAAUCUGAAUCAUUUACUGAAUUUUACCUACUCUCCAAGAGAAACCACUACCAAUAGUGGUUCAUGGAAAGUUAGAAAUAAAUGGGGAACCAAGCGUGUGAGAUAUAAUAAAGAACAAUUUCUUCAAGCCAAUUGUCAAUUUAUUGUGAAAUCUAGUGGUGAUUACACUGUUCAUGCAGCUGAUCCGGAUAUUUUGGUCAAUUGGGAACUGAUUGAGCAAGUUCGAAUUUUCAGUCACAUGGUACCCUCUUGUCCAAUUUGCCUGUAUCCACCCACUGCAGCAAAAAUUACCCGAUGUGGUCACAUCUAUUGCUGGCCAUGUAUUCUGCAUUAUUUGUCAUUGUCUGACAAAACAUGGAAGAAAUGUCCAAUAUGUUAUGAAGCUGUUCAUCAAAAUGAUUUGAAAAGUGUUGUUGCUAUGGCAACUCAUCAGUAUGCUGUCGGUGAAGAGAUAACGAUGAAAUUGAUGAAGCGAGAGAAAGGUUCCAUCAUUGCUCUCCCUAAGAAUGAGUGGAUAGAAGCAGAGGCUCAGCCAUUCAGUCUGGGUCAAACAAUUGUAAAUGAUGGUUUUGUCAAAUUAUUAGUGGCAGAUCCAAAACAAGUACAGGAACAGAUAAUUGUUUUUGAGAAGACUGCUUUAGAAUGUAAAUUAGCAGACAAAGAUGAGGAAUCUGAACAGUGUUUUAUUGAAUCAGCAUUAUCACUCUUGCAGGAAAGAGAAAAGAUGUUAAUUGGUGAUCAGAAUAUUGUCAAUGUUGCAGGUAUAAAGUUGUGUGAUAAUGCUGAAGAACCUGUUGAUGAUGAAAUUAUCAUGAAGCAUUGGACUAAAAAUCAGGAUGCUAUAGUGUAUGUUUCAGCGUUUGAUGAAGUUGUUGAUGAAACUGCAAUGCAGCCACCUAAACCACCUGUGUCGCAUGACGAACCACCUGUGUCACAUGACGAGCCACCCGUGUCACAUGACAUGCCACCCGUGUCACAUGACGUACCACAGUUAAAUGAUAAUUCUAUUGGUAGAGAUGACAAAUGUGUGGAUGAAAGUGUGCAGGUUAAAUCAUGUGCAUCUGCUGACACUGGACAUGUAUAUUAUUUCUAUCAAGCUGAAGAUGGUCAGCAUUUGUAUCUACAUCCCGUUAAUGUAAGAUGUUUGAUGAGAGAAUAUGGAAGUCUAGCAAAUUGUCCUGAUACAAUCAGUGCUACUAUCUUGGAAACAACAGGAUAUUCUAUGACAGAGGAUUAUAGGAAAAGAUUCCGAUACAUAUGUCACUUGCCAUUGACUUGCGAGUUCACUGUAUGUGAAUUAGCACUGAAACCUCCAAUUGUUUCCAGAAAAACUUUGGAUGAAUUUCUAGGAGAGUUUCAGAGAAGAAAGAAAGUACGAGAUAGGAAAGCCAGAGAUGAGAAAAAACAUGAAAGAAGAAUUCAUUACGAGGAGGAGAAGAAGAAAGGGAAAUUUCCUAAUGCCAACUUGACUUUAGAAAGUAACAGACAGUUUCCAGUAUGUGGUGUGGAUGUUAUGACUGGUGCUAUGUUAACAAACUCUGAUGUCAGUCAGCCUUCUAGCCCUGAUGCUGUGUCAGUGAUAUCUACCAGUUCUGAUUCUUCCCAGUUUGUCUGUGGAAGUCCACAACCAGAUAGUUCUCUAAAUCCCCAUGCAGCUGAAUUUACCCCAGGUUCACCCCCACCUGUAGUUGGUAGUAUUGACAGCUUAGACAGUGCAUCCAGUAUUGGUAGUCCAUCUGAUGGACAAUUACCAAGAUUACCAUCCUUUGCUGAUAUGUUACGUGCUGGUAAAUCUAAAGAUGCUAUUCCAAGAAGAGCGUCAGUGCCAGCUAGAUUAGAUCAUACAGUAUCAGUCACUAAAGGGCAUGGAGACAGUGAAGAUAGUGAUGCUGAAGAACCUAUCGCUGUACCAUUGUAUAAAGACGCAUUUAGUGAUGCUAUACAGAAUGCUAUAGAUAAAGCAACAGUUGACAAAAAAGAGAUGGGUGCCAGCAGUGAUGCAAAGAAAAGCAAGAAAGGAAAGAAAAAGCAGUUACUGUUCUCCACCUCUAUACGCUAUAAAUGAUCAAAUAAUCAAGUUUUCAUCUGAGAAUCAAUUAAGUUCUGUUGAUAGUAACUUGCAAUGAUUUAUUAUAUAUUUUAAACCCAAAACUAAUCUCUCGCUGCCUGAAAAAUUGGGAUUUGAGAAACAGAAUAUUGAAUGAACUUGUACCACACUGAUUCAUAUGACCUUUUUUCCUGGCUUUGUGUUUAAUCUUUAUCUUUUGAGUUUGGUGAUCUCGUAUAAUUUUUUUGUCCAUCUGUUAUUUUUCUGAACAGCAUGCUUUCACCAAUUUUGUUGAAACAAAAAGACAAGACAAAUAAAAGUUUGAUUAUUUCAUGGCAUCAACUGUUUCUUGGACAUGCCAUUUGAUUUUAAUUCAAUUUAAGGUAGAAUGCUACACAAAAGUAAAAAAUUAAAUAAAAAUAUGAAGUCAUCGUACUCAGUUGUGAGCAAAUCUGCAAAU